AUGGAAACAGGUAUUAAAGGAAAUAAAUUUAUAAAAGACGAUAUAGAAAACACACCAAAUAGUUUUUCUCUUAAAGAAUAUGUUUUUACUCAUGUAAAAAAAUGCGAUUACCAUUCAAUUACUUUCACUAAAUAUUGUGUAAAAGAUGGAGCUGGAGUUUGUAUAAGAUGUGACCAUCAUAAACAUUGUUUAAAAAAUAAAAAUAAUAUUAUUGAAUAUAGAGAAUACUUAGAUACCGUUUUUUUUGUAAAGUAUGGUUUAUUAACAGAAUCAUAUAAAAAUAUUAAUGAUUAUAAUUUAGCUAUGGACAUUGGUAAUAAGUUCUUGAUGAUAGACUACGCAGAGAGGGUUCUUUCUUAUGGUCCUAAAUGGAGUAAUAUUGGUCUUUCAGAUGGUGAUCCUUUUUUAUCUGUUGGGUUUGUUGGGUAUUCUGGAGGUGGUAAAUCUACUGUUAUAGCUUCAUUGUGUGAGGAUGAUUCCCUGGGAAAAUAUAAUCAUCCCAUUCCAGCUGUUUUCUCAAGUUCAGACUCUACUUCAUCCGAUUUAAACUCUUUUAUUGGUGGUACAUUAGGGACAUCAGAAAAAUUAAAAUAUAUAAUUUUUGAUUCAGAGGGUAUGGGAGGUACUUUGGUUCCAGCAAUGCUCCAAAAAUUAGAAAAAAAAAUGGAUUCUUAUAUUAAUGAUUUUAAGCAAUACAGAUCUAGUAUUGUUCAAAUAGCAUUGCCUAGAUUGUUAUAUAUUGUUUCUGAUGUAUUGGUUUUUACUUUUAAAGGUGAUCCAAAAGAAAAAUCAAAAGUAGGAAAAAAAAUAUUGAAGUUUGCUGAAGUUUCAACUGGUAUUCCAAAUAAUACACUUAGACCACAUUUAAUUAUUUUAUUAAAUAGACAAACAACAACAAAAGAAUAUGAUGAUGUUGAAUUCGCAACCAAAGAUUUUUUUAAGGGUGCAGAAACUUCAUUAUAUGAUUCAUUGAAGAUUUGUUAUGAAUCUAUUACUGUGAUUUACCUUCCAAAUAUCCAUGAAUUAGAGUUUGAUUCUUUCUUUAGGUAUCAAAGACAAAUCAUUUUAUUAAAAAGUAUAAUUUCUUGCAAAGUAAACGAAUCAUAUGCUCAUAAAAAAAACAUUGGGUUUUCUCUAAAUAAAAAAAAUAACAUGGAAAGAAUUUCUAAUAUUAUUGGAUUUUUAAACAAUAGCCCAAAAGAUGCACCUGAUUUAUCAUUAUUAAAUUCAUCGUGCAUCAAAAGAUCAUCUUUUGAAGAUGAAGUUGAUGAUUUAGUUGUAAGAGAAACCAGAAGGGCUUCUUUAAAAAUAGAAGAAAAAAAAGAUGAACAAACAACUAUUUUUAAAAUUGCUAAAAAGCCAUUUAUUGGGAAUUCAACAAUAUCUGCUAUUGGUAAUAAUAGACAAAGAUUCAAUUCUGCCAUUGGUGUUCAAAAUAAUAGCACGGUCAAAGAAAAUCAAAAAAUUUACCGUAAUAAUACCGAAAGUGACCUUUUAAAAAUGAAUUCCUCCAAAGAAAUAAAAUAUAUUAAUGAAAAGAUUAUUAUUGUUGAUAAAAAAGAGCAGAAUAUAUCAACAGACAGAAAGAGAAAAAUAUCAAACAACCUUUUUUCCUACUUUAAAAGGUGCUAUAAUGUUUUAAAUAAAUCCGGGAAAACAAGAAGAGAAUGUUAUCAAAUAUCAGUAGAACAAUUAAAAUCAAAAGUAUUUUUAACAUAUUUUUUGUUUUUACAAAGAAAUAAUAUUUCUCAAGAAGAUAACUUAACUAUCUAUGAGGAGUUUUUAUGGAUUUUAAAUACAGUUUCUGAUAAUGUUUCAAAUUAUAUUCCAUGUAAAGAAAUGAUAGACGGUAAAUACCAUUGUAUUAAUUUAAAGGGUAUGCACAAUUUCCAUAUAUCCAAAGAGACAGAGCAAAAAAAAAUUGGUUUUUUAAAAAAAGUAGGAACUAAUGGAGUUAUUGAUUCUCCUUUUAAAAUGGAGGGAUCGUAUACCCCAAUGCUCCAAUAUGAAAGUUUGGCUGACUAUCUUAAAAAAAUGUUAUUGAACCCUGAAAAUAUAAGUAAGGGAUUUGAAGAUUUGGAAAUUAAAAACUCAUCAGAGUUUUGUGUUAAAUGUUUACUUGAUUCCCCAAUAAUUCCAUUCGAUUGUGAUCAUAUGUUAUGUGUUAGUUGCUCAGAAGCAAAUGGCUUUAAUUGUCCAUGUGAUGGUUGCAUAGGAAAAAUUCAAUAUAAAAAGGAAAUCGAUUUUACACCUUCCAUGGGUUCAAGAAUUUUAACACUUGAUGGCGGUGGUAUCAGAGGUAUUGUUGAAUGUUGUAUUUUACAAAGAAUUCAAGAAGAGUUAUAUGACAUAGAAAUUACUAAGUUAUUUGAUUUAAUUAUUGGCACAAGUACAGGAGGUAUAAUUUCAUUAGGUUUAGGAGCAACUGAUAAAAGUCCAAAAACAUUAAUAGAUACUUUUGAAAAAAUGGCCACAGAUGUUUUUUCAAGUAGUAUUGCAAGAAAAUUUGUUUCACUUUUUAAACUUACAACCAAGUAUUCAAGAUCUAGUUUACACGAAUGUUUAAAAGCCGAAAUUGGUAACGUUAAAUUAACUAAUACAUUUAAGAAAACUAGGAUUGGGGUUACAUCGGUAACCGAAGAAAGUGGUGGCCCAACUGAUUGUUUUUAUAUUAAUUAUCCUAGAAAAGUAAAUUCAGAAAGCUUAUCAAAGUAUAUUAACUAUUCAAGCUGUAUUGAUGGAGCAGAGGCCACCUCUGCUGCCCCCACCUAUUUCCCACCUUUUGUCUUUGAAAAUAGAAAAUUUUAUGAUGGGGGAAUUAAAAAUAAUAACCCAUGCCUGGUUGCUAUGGAUGAACAUACAUCUUUGUGGGGUAAUAAAACAAUAGAUGUAUUUGUUUCUCUUGGAACAGGGGAGUUUAGUUACAAGAGAUCGAAAAAUGACAAUAUAUUAGAGUUGGCAAAUUUAUUUGUAAACUUAUUAUCAGAGGUAGAGUUAAGUUGGAAAAAAUUACACGAAAAAAAAAAUAUUUCUGAAGGUGAAAAUUCAUUUAGAAUCAAUGUUCCAUUCACAGAUCUCAAGAGUGAAAUUGGGUUAGAUGAUAAGCGUCAAGACUCUAUUAAAAUACUCAAAAGUAGUUCAGAAAAAAUAUUAGGAAACAAAAAUCUUUCUUUAGCAAUUAAUAAAAUCCUUUCAUCAUUGUUUUAUCUCAAUAAUCUACAAUGGUGCAAUGAAAGUCAAACUUUAGAAGGUAUUAUCAUGUGUAGACUAAACUCUCUUCCAAAAGAAUUGGUAAAUCAAAUUAAUGACAGUAAACCAUUUUUUAUUUUGGAUCCAAAAAAUAAUAAGCUUGUAGAUUUUGAAAUGGAAAUCAAUGUUAAACAUGAUAGCCCUUGCAAUAUUCCAUUUAGGAUAAUUAAUCCCCCAAAUCAAAUAGAUAUUGUUUGUGCAUUAGUUUCAAAAAGCAAAUUUAAAAAUAAUAGCUCCAUCUCAGGUUGUCCAUUUAUACUCAAUAGAGACUAUAAAUUUUAUAAUAUUUACAUUAAAAAAAAUAUUCAAGCCUAA